UUUUUUUCCCCAAAUUGAGGCAGGCACAGGGGCAGUUGGCUCAAACUUAACACAAGUCCAAUCAGCUUAAACACUGCUUGCUGGCACACACUUUAAGUCUGCCCUGUUUACUCCACGGUUUUUAUAUAUAAUUGCACACUUAUUUAUUGUUUGACAGCUGCUGCGCAGGUAUAACUUUGAAGCUCACAGGAGCAAUAAUGCCGUCACCGACACUAAAUAUUAAACUAAAUAUGCUCCGAAGGCUCUGUAGUAAACGUGAACGUGCUUCAUUUUCCUGAAUGUGCUGUAUUUAUAUAAUCACACCAAUAACCAUAUGACGCACGAGUUUAUUGCGACGAAAACGGCUCUCAUUUUGCCGCCUGCCCCGGCUCUGUGACUAAUAAUAACUCACACAAAGAUGGAUGUUAAACCGGGCGGUCUGAGUGACAGCAGGUCCAGCAUUAUGCAAAUAGGCGGGGUAGUGCAGCUGCAGCGCCGGGCAGAUUAGGACUGUGCUCAGGAUCAGUGAGCCGACGCGCUUCGUCUCACUCCCUCCUCCUGACAGAGCAACUAGUGCCUUUCUUUGACACCCUUCACCAAACACCCCAGCCCGCGCAUGUGGCUCGGCACGAUUUGCACCGGAUCCGUGAAUGUGUUGUGGCAAUUUUGAUCUACAUUCGCGGCGUAAACUUGAGAUUUAUUCCAUGUAUAAACAAUAGACUGUAUAGAUGAGCGCUGUGCUUUGCGGGCAUGCGCAGCGCGCACACAGACCCCCGCCCCCACUUAGUUAAGCCAGCGUUAUUUCAAACCCGUCUCUCACUUCGGGAAAAUAAAGUAGUGACCCGUGGCAACCCAUAACACGGUGCUUCAACACUGUUUCUCUGUUUGUGCACGGCGCAGAGAUGCUGCCGUCAGGAUGUUAAUGUUUAGACAGUGGCAGUGCUGUACUCUGCUGUGCUUGGUUUGGGGUUUAGAGAGACCGAGCUGUAAGUAGGUCGGGCUGGGCUUAAGCGGCUUAGCUACGUCAGCCUAAGCUGGGAGGAAUUCAUCCAAAGCCCUCCGCGGUAGGCGGGGGCCUAAAUGAGGCUGGCCUAGUUAAGCCUGAUUCUUAUUGUGUGCACAGCCUGUUUUUGUUGUGCAACGUAGCUGAGAGAGAACCCAGGGGUAGUGUAUGUAUCCAUGCAUAUGCUAGACAUAGUAUGUGUUUGAUUGAGGAGAGAGAAACAGAAAGAAAAUGAGAAGUGUGUAAGAGUUAAACCAGUAUUGGCUUUAUCACGGUGGACCAAGAGAGAGGGAGAGAGAGGCCAUCAGGAGGGACAAUAGAAAAGGACAGGGGGCAGACUCAGGAGCCACAGUGCAGAGUGAGGUGGUUGUAACGUGCCAGCUUUAGGCCUGAUUUGGUCUGUGCCAGUCCGCUAUGCAGUAGGAUGGCGUCCAGCUCUGUGUUCCUGUCCAGUAUGGUGGGUAAAGCUCGCUCCUCUAACUUCACCCUCUCUGAGAAGCUGGACCUGUUGAAGCUGGUCCGUCCUCAUGUCCGCAUCCUGGAGGAGCACACCAACAAGCAUGCUGUCAUCGUGGACAAGAACAAGUGCUGGGACACUGUGGCUGAACAGUACAACGCCUUGGGAGGGGACAGGCCCCCCCGCACCGCUCAGGGCCUCAGGACCCUCUACAAGAGACUGAAGGAAUCAGCCAAGCAGGAAGUGAUGCAACGGAGACACGCCCAGCCAGAGUAUCGAGGAAGCAUCUCUGAGCCAACACGGAGAGUCAUGGAGAUGAUCCCUCACCUGUUUCACCAUGUGCCCAUACACGAUAAAGAUCAGGCACUGCGCAGGUUAAUAUACAACAAGCGUAGCUCUCCCAUCGAACAUCCUGCCAGCAGCUCCUCUCUGGCAGGACUCCAGGAAUACCCGGCAGCAGUUCCCAUUAUCCCCCAUGAGGUGGUACAGCUGGACCCCGAGGAGGAUGUUAAACCACCACCAGACCUCCCCAUCCUCUCUACACACAUCGGGCCGGGGUUGGAGGGAGCUCAGGAGCGCGAGGGGGAACAGGACUUGGGCAGUGUCCACGAUUAUGAUGCUUCCCUGUCUCCUGCCACUUCCUCUGUCAACAUCCCCCUCUCAGCCUCGCCACUGCCCUUACGGCACGACCUCUACCCCAACGACAUCUACCCUCACCACGAGCCCGACAGGUUUCGCUCUCUGCACCUGGCCAAAGAGGAGCACGAGCUGGUGUUGGCCAAUCACAGGAAAGUGGGCAUAUACCUGGAGGAGAAGAGGGAGGGGCUGAAGAGGAAGCAAGAGCUGGAGGAGGAACUUCUGAGAGCCAAGAUCAAAGUGGAAAAACUGAAGGCGGCCAGACUCCGACACGGGCUGCCACUUCCUCUAUAACACACACAUACACAUGCAUACAUGUUUGUGACCAGCGGCGGGAGAGGAGAGCCUCUGAGGAGUGUGGAUUUAAGUGUUGAAACAUGCCUGAGGACAAAAUCACACUCAUUAGUUGUAUGUUUUAGAACCUGCAUUUCUCUUGGAGCUGUUGUGCCUCUUACAGACACUCAUGGCCUGUUUGUGCAUUGCUGGGUCUAGCUAAGUAACUUGUAUUGCCACCAGUCUCUCUUCACGUGUGAGCGUUAGAAAGUUAUCCAUCAUCAUCCGUCGAUAGUUGUUGACAGCAGAGCAAUAAAAAAUGUAAAUGUUGGCAUCAGUAACUUUGUGUCAAGUUGUUUUGGAAGGGAACUUAAUGAUCAGUGAGGUUGUCCCUCAUUGGUGACUUUUCCUGCCUAGAUCUGCCUCCACAUGUGAGGGUGUCCGAGAUUACGUGUCUUUGGAAUUUCAUGAUAUUUAAGUCUCAGGAGCAUGAGACAGUGUGCUCAUUUCCUACCAGUAUUGUGAAGGUUUUAUUUUUUAUUUUUUAUUUUUUUUGAUUCUUUAAAAAAAAAAAAAAAAAACAACAUAAUCUAGAAAUCAAAUGCAAUAAAUCAAGGAUGCAUUGGCUCUUAAUGCCCUAACAAAAUUAGUUGCACCUUUUCAAGGUUGGGAGGAAAUGAAAAAUACUUGUAAACUGUUACCUUAGUAGAGAAUCACUGGGUUAAGAACAGAAAUUUUCCAUUCGUCACCCUGUCUCAUGGCUCAGGUUGAGCUAUUAAAGGCCUGUAGAACAUGUUGAAGGGGACAAAUCCUGUAUAUUUGGAUGCUGACGCCGUCUGGCUGAAAUGUGAGUAGAUUCAAUACAAGAAUUCUCUGCAGGGCUCCUGCGCUUGACGGACAGUUGAGGCAGGAUAGAAAGAAGGGAGGCAAGAUUUGUUUUGCGACAUUAUUGUUAAUAAGUUUUUGUGAUUACAUUGAUGUUAUUGUGGUUGUAUUUAACUGUUGUCUGUUUCUUCUGUGUUCCACCAUCCAUGUAUUUCUAUUAAAAAGUUGACA